UAUAGCUGUGAAUAAAUAAAAAUUAAUGGGCCAGAUAGAGAGAGAGGUUCCAGAGUAGAGGAAAGGCGUCUAAGAAAGGAACAUUCCCCACUAAAACAUCUUCCUAAACUUGAUUCAAGUCACGUCACUUGCAUUGAAAGAGUGUGUGGUCUUGGUCUGAACCCAAGAGGUAUUCGACCUCCAAAGCUACAAAUGAAUUCGAUAAACUUGGUCAUAGAUCUUCCAAAACAGAUUUGAGAGAUGUGGACUUUAUUAUAGAGGAUUAAGAACUCAAGUGCUGGUUAAACUUCACCAAGAUGAUUCUUUGGUCAGUGCAGAACUAGUUCCCUAAGAAUGAAAGGAAAACCCUCAAAAGUUUUCUAUUCCAAAUUCAAACUCAAUCAAAACUGUUGUUUUAGGUAUAAAGAGGUUAUUUACAAUCUAGAGAAGUGCUAGCAAUACACUCUUUCUAACACACUGUGGGGCAAAGGCAGAUCUAUGGUCAUGUGGUGUUAUUCUCUUUGUUUUAAUGGCUGGCUAUUUGCCCUUUGAAGAAACCAAUCUAUCAGCUUUAUAUAAAAAGAUUUUCAAGGCCGAGUUCAUGUCUCCUCCAUGGUUCUCUUCAAGUGCAAAGAAGCUAAUCAACAAAAUCCUUGAUCCCAAUCCUGCCACUCGGAUUACAUUUGCUGAGGUCAUUGAGAAUGACUGGUUCAAGAAGGGAUAUAAGCCACCCGUAUUUGAACAGGCUAAUAUUAGUCUUGAUGAUGUAGAUUCUAUUUUCAGUAAUUCUACGGAUUCACAAAAUCUUGUUAUAGAGAGGCGCGAAGAGGGGCCCAUGGCACCUGUGGCACCUGUGACUAUGAACGCCUUUGAGCUUAUCUCUAAAUCUCAGGGCCUCAAUCUUAGUAGUCUUUUUGAGAAGCAAAUGGGACUAGUUAAAAGGGAAACACGGUUCACAUCCAAAUGUUCAGCAGAUGAAAUAAUUUCAAAAAUUGAGAAAGCUGCAGGACCCCUGGGUUUUGAUGUUAAGAAGAACAACUGUAAGUUAAAGAUUGAAGGCGAAAAGACUGGACGCAAAGGUCAUCUAUCUGUAGCCACUGAGAUCUUAGAGGUUGCCCCUUCACUAUACAUGGUUGAGCUGCGUAAGUCUGAAGGAGAUACUCUCGAAUUUCACAAGGUGCCAAUCCAUCAAAAUAAUUGUUAUCCUAAUUUUCAUAUCCGUACGAAGUACAGUUACUAGUAUUUGUGCUAUUAAGAGUGUCAUUGGAGCAGUAAAAAGAAAGAGUGGUCAUUGGAGGAUUCUGUCAUGGACUUUUUUCCUCAUCCAUCAAUUAUGAAAAUUUGCCUUUAUUUGAACUGUAUAUCAAUAGCUUUAAUUUUUGUGUUGUAACAAACUUUAAAGAUGCAAAGGGGAAAACUAGGCUAGCUAAAGAUUUCUAGCAUUUGUUUGUAUGACUAGUUGCUUAUGAAAGUUUUCUUUUAUUUGAACGGUAUAUCAAUAACUUUUUCA